UAACAUCCAAUCCUCUCUGGCCCCCGAAUAAAGCCAGUGCGCCCCCUCCGCCAAGCCCCGCCUGCGGGUCUCGCAUCGCUGCCAUUCCACCCUCGGCCCCGGGCCCAUCCCACCCCCAGGCUGUGGGCGGCGCGGAGUCGGAGACCAGGGUCCUUGCCCAGUCUGGGCUGCAACUUGAGAUCCUCCCAUCUCAGCCUCCUGAGCGCUAGGAUGGCAGGUGUGCACCACCCUGGCUGGCACAGGAGUGCACACCAGGAGUCGAGCCCCUCCGGAGCUGCCGUCCACCCUUCUGGAGUUAGGGACAGGAGGUGAGGCGUGGAGACCGGAAAUGGGGGAAGACGCCGCUCUGUGGAGUCUAGCGGAAGCCGUAGCUUCUGUCCCUUUUCCCAGACCUGGAGACUGAGGCUCUGGAAGGCUCACGUCCCUGGGAGUCAGGGCCUGGCUGGAUGUGACACUGGUCUGUGGGACGCUGCCCGCACCCUCUGCUUCCACACAAACCUUGGCUCCCACCGUUUCCAGGAUGGGGCUGAGCCCUUGCCCUGGCUGGGGAAGCCUGCACCCUCCGCCUCACCAGGCUCCUCCUCUUAACCUCCCACCUGCCACUCCUCUUCUACUGAUGCUGGUCCAGCCGGGUUUGGCAAACUCCUACUCACAUGUUAAAGGCCCACCCCUAAUGCUCCCUUUCCCUCCUCCUCCUCAUCCUGCAGGAAGUCUUCCAGGAUCCUUUCCCUCCUCUGGCCCUGUCCUGGCUCCACAGGGUGUGGGGUGUCUGUGUCUCCCAAGAUCAAGCACUCUUUGAGGAUCUGGGUAGGGCUGAGGCCUCCAGAAGCCCAGCAUGAAUGCUUGUUGAGUGACUCAGUGAGCACACAAGUCACCAGUCCCCUGAGCUGCAGUGGCAGACAGUCACGGUUGAGGAACAGAUGAAGGGCCUGAGUUCCGCCCCAGUCACGGAGGAGCCCAGAAACGGCCACAGCUUGCUGUCUCUGGUGGGGCAUCCAGAUUAGCCACAGCCCCAAGUCCUCGGGUGCCCACAGGCCACCGGCAUGGGGGCCGUGCUGGCCUGGUCACUGCUCCUGGGGCCGCUGCUGCUGCUGCUGCAGAGGCUGUGGGGCCAUGAGCUGUCCUGCGCCGUCUUCCCGGAAGACCUGGACUGGAGCCACGAGUUCAAUGGCAGCUGCCUGAACCUCAGUGGCCACGUGCUGCGCCUGCCCCUGGACCAGCCGCUGCGGGCCAGGAACCUGCAGCUUCUCGACCUGUCGGGCACCGGGCUGCGGGAGCUGCCGUCACCCUUCCUGGCGCCCCUGCGGCAGCUGCAGGUCCUCAGCAUCCUGCACAACCGGCUGGACAGCCUGGACACGGCACUGGCCACGCGCUGCGGCCUGGACCUCAGGGCCGACUGCGGCUGUGUCCUGGGUCCCUGGCACAGGGUCUGGAGUGACAACUGCUCUGGCCAGGAGCCCCCACGCUGCCUGCACCCGGCCACAGGCACCUGGCAGAACCUGUCCACCUUCCUGGAGCUCAGCUGUGUCCCUGGCCUGUCCCCAGGGGCCAUUGCAGGAGUGGUGGUGGGCAGCGUUCUCCUCCUCGCCUUCGUGGUGGCCAGUGCCUUGCUAGUCUGGAGAUGCUAUGGGCACCGCUCGGCCAACAUCCAGGGCCCAGGCAAGGGCUGGGCACCUCACGAGGGCUCCCGGCCCAGCUCAGGUGUUCAGCCUCGCUACAGCAGCCGCGGCCCAAGCCUCAAGGUCCCCAGAGUCACACUGCCCGGCACCACUGCACCUGACUACGAGAACAUAUUCGUGGGAGGCCUGACACAGCUGGAUCACGGGGCUCACCUUUCUGAGGAGGGUGACUUCUAUAUGAACUACGGGGGCCCCAGCCUGGAUGUGCAGCCCGUCUACGGCAACCUGCAGGCCUCUGAGCAGGACGACGAGUAUGAGAUCUCCCAGCACUGAGCCCGCCAAGCCCUGCUGGGUGACUCCAGCACUUCCACCUUCCCUGGCCUCAGUUUCUCCAUCGGAGCACAGGACAGAGCCAGUCCAGCCUGGCUCCCCGGGGGCUCUGCUGUUGCCUUCUCAGUCUAUGGACAGGAAGAGGCGACCAUAGGGCCGGCCGGCAGGUCAGUGCACGCCCCCUGUGGCCCCUCCCAGGGUAUCAGAAUGCCUGGCCCGGAGAGGCCGGCUGGGUGAGGCCUCCGGUCCUUACCUGCUGUUUCCCUUGUCACCCAGAACGUCCCCUCUGCCUUUUGUCUAAAACGUUUUAAUGCUGAUGCAGUGCUGUGGCCUGGGUGUUGGGGUGCCGGCCUCCGUCAGCCAUCUGGAAGUGGGGGUGACCGGGUCGGCGCCUGGGGUCACAUCAGCUCUCAAGCGCUCCAUUCUUGAGCAGCCUUCCCGGAUUUCUCCUCUGGCACGGCAGCCCUGCCUUUCCUGUCCAUCCUGCCUUCCGUCCUUCCGUCUGUCCUUCCUUUCUUUUUUGCUGGGGACGAAACCCAGGGCCUCACACAGUAGGCAAGUCCUCACCACAGAGCCCUUUCAGUUUUAUUCUGGGACAAGAUCUCGCUAAGCUGCCCAGGCUGGGCUCACACUUGCAACCCUCCUGCCUCAGCCUCUGAAGUAGCAGGGAUCACAGGCGCGCACCCCUGUGCUCCAUGGAUUUCAAGAGUUUGUUCAAGUCCGUGCCUCUGCUGGAUUCUCUGUCAGUUGGUCCGGAGCUAGCCACAGACUUGCCUGAUCCUGGGACUUCAAGGCUGGAUCACAGGAGAGGUGGGGCAAAGGUCCAACUGAAGGCUACUGUGUAAAAGGGCAAUCUGCAGUGGGUUUUGAGGGAUGGAUAGGUGGUUGAGAGCUGGAGAGGAAAAGGUGCAUUAGAAGAGCUGAGCAGUGUGAAAAGCCACGUGCCCAGCGCAGAUCUGGCAAACAUCCGCGGAGGACAGCAGGGACAGAUGCAGCCAGGCCCUGUUGGUCUUGCAUUUCCUUCUGAGACCCUCUCAGGCCACAGAUUUUGCUUUCUUCUUCUUUUUUU